GGCCUGCGCGCGCCGCAGUCAGGGGUCACGGUGGCGUCGGCUGUGGCGGGAAACGCUGUUUGAAGCGGCAGGAUGGACGGCAAGCGGCGGCCAGGCCCUGGGCCCGGGGUACCCCCCAAGCGGGCCCGUGGGAGCCUCUGGGAUGAUGAUGACGGUCCGCCGCCAUCGCAGUUCGAGGCGGAGCUGGCCUUGAUGGAGGAGAUGGAGGCGGAGCACAGGCUGCAGGAACAGGAGGAGGAGGAGCUGCAGCCUGCCCUGGAGGGGGCUGCAGACGGGCUGUUCUCCCCAACAGCCAUUGAUCCCCGCUGGCUUCGACCUUCCCCACCCGCCCUGGACCCCCUGACAGAACCCCUCAUCUUCCAGCAGUUGGAGAUCGACCAUUAUGUGGGUACAGCUCGGCCCCUGCCUGGGGCGCCCCCAUCGCCCUGCAACUCCGUGCCUGUGCUCCGAGCCUUUGGGGUCACGGACGAGGGCGUCUCCGUUUGCUGUCACAUCCACGGCUUCGCGCCCUACUUCUACACCCUGGCCCCGCCUGGUUUCAGGCCUGAGCACCUGGCCGACCUGCAGCGCGAGCUGAACGCGGCCAUCAGCCGGGACCAGCGCGGCGGGAAGGAGCUCUCGGGGCCUGCGGUGCUGGGCGUUCUGCUCUGCUCCCGGGAGAGCAUGUUCGGGUACCACGGGCACGGCCCCUCCCCGUUCCUGCGCAUCGCGCUGGCGCUGCCCCGCCUGGUGGCCCCCGCCCGCCGCCUGCUGGAGCAGGGCAUCCGCGUGGCCGGCCUGGGCACCCCCAGCUUCGCGCCCUAUGAGGCCAACAUCGACUUUGAGAUCCGGUUCAUGGUGGACACGGACAUCGUCGGCUGCAACUGGCUGGAGCUCCCUGCGGGGAAGUACUUCCUGAGGCAGACUGAGAAGGCCACGCUGUGUCAGCUGGAAGUGGACGUGUGGUGGUCAGAUGUGAUCAGUCACCCACCGGAAGGGCCGUGGCAGCGAAUCGCACCCCUGCGGGUGCUCAGCUUUGACAUUGAGUGCGCUGGCCGCAAAGGCAUCUUCCCCGAGCCCGAGAAGGACCCCGUGAUCCAGAUCUGCUCUCUGGGACUGCGCUGGGGUGAGCCGGAGCCCUUCCUGCGCCUGGCGCUCACCCUACAGCCUUGUGCCCCCAUCCUGGGCGCCCAGGUGCAGAGCUACGAGCGGGAGGAGGAGCUGCUCCAGGCCUGGUCCACCUUCAUCCGCGCCAUGGACCCCGACGUGAUCACUGGCUACAACAUCCAGAACUUCGACCUGCCCUACCUCAUCUCCCGGGCCCAGACCCUCAAGGUGGACAAGUUUCCCUUCCUGGGCCGCGUGUCCGGCCUCCGCUCCAACAUCCGGGACUCGUCCUUCCAGUCCAAGCAGACGGGCCGGCGGGACAGCAAGGUGGUCAGCAUGGUGGGCCGCGUGCAGAUGGACAUGCUGCAGGUGCUGCUGCGCGAGCACAAGCUGCGCUCCUACACGCUCAACGCCGUGAGCUUCCACUUCCUGGGCGAGCAGAAGGAGGACGUGCAGCACAGCAUCAUCACCGACCUGCAGAACGGCAACGAGCAGACGCGCCGCCGCCUGGCCGUGUACUGCCUCAAGGACGCCUUCCUGCCGCUGCGGCUGCUCGAGCGCCUCAUGGUGCUGGUGAACGCCGUGGAGAUGGCGCGCGUCACUGGCGUGCCCCUGGGCUACCUGCUCAGCCGCGGCCAGCAGGUCAAGGUCGUGUCCCAGCUGCUGCGGCAGGCCAUGCGCGAGGGGCUGCUGAUGCCUGUGGUGAAGACGGAGGGCAGCGAGGACUACACCGGAGCCACCGUCAUCGAGCCCUUGAAAGGAUACUACGACGUCCCCAUCGCCACACUGGACUUCUCCUCGCUGUACCCGUCCAUCAUGAUGGCCCACAACCUGUGCUACACCACGCUCCUGCGGCCUGGGGCCGCCCAGAAGCUGGGCCUGACGGAGGAUCAGUUCAUCAAGACGCCCACGGGGGACGAGUUCGUGAAGGCGUCGGUGCGGAAGGGGCUGCUGCCCCAGAUCCUAGAGAACCUGCUCAGCGCCCGGAAGAGGGCCAAAGCUGAGCUGGCCAAGGAGACAGACCCCCUGCGGCGGCAGGUCCUGGACGGGCGGCAGCUGGCACUAAAAGUGAGCGCCAACUCGGUAUACGGCUUCACCGGUGCCCAGGUGGGCAAGCUGCCGUGCCUGGAGAUCUCACAGAGCGUGACUGGCUUCGGACGCCAGAUGAUUGAGCAGACAAAGCAGCUGGUGGAGGCCAAGUACACCAUAGAGAAAGGCUACAGCUCGGACGCCAAGGUGGUGUAUGGAGACACCGACUCCGUCAUGUGCCGAUUCGGAGUCACCUCUGUGGCCGAGGCCAUGGCCCUGGGGCGGGAGGCCGCGGACUGGGUGUCAGGCCACUUCCCCGCCCCCAUCCGGCUGGAGUUCGAGAAGGUCUACUUCCCUUACCUGCUCAUCAGCAAGAAGCGCUAUGCCGGCCUGCUCUUCUCCUCCCGGCCGGACACCCACGACCGCAUGGACUGCAAGGGCCUGGAGGCCGUGCGCAGGGACAACUGCCCCCUAGUGGCCAAUCUGGUCACUGCCUCCUUGCGCCGCCUGCUAAUUGACAGAGACCCGGAUGGCGCCGUGGCGCAUGCGCAGGAAGUCAUCUCGGACCUGCUGUGCAACCGCAUCGACAUCUCGCAGCUGGUCAUCACCAAGGAGCUGACCCGCGCGGCCGCCGACUACGCCGGCAAGCAGGCCCACGUGGAGCUGGCCGAGAGGAUGAGGAAGCGGGACCCCGGGAGCGCCCCCAGCCUGGGUGACCGCGUCCCCUACGUGAUCAUCAGUGCCGCCAAGGGCGUGGCCGCCUACAUGAAGUCCGAGGACCCCCUGUUCGUGCUGGAGCACAGCCUGCCCAUCGACACGCAGUACUACCUGGAGCAGCAGCUGGCCAAGCCGCUGCUGCGCAUCUUUGAGCCCAUCCUGGGCGAGGGCCGCGCGGAAGCCGUGCUGCUACGCGGGGACCACACGCGCUGCAAGACGGUGCUCACGGGCAAGGUGGGCGGCCUGCUGGCUUUUGCCAAGCGCCGCAGCUGCUGCAUCGGCUGCCGCACCGUCCUCAGCCACCAGGGAGCCGUGUGCAAGUUCUGCCAGCCCCGGGAGUCGGAGCUGUACCAGAAGGAGGUGUCACACUUGAAUGCCCUGGAGGAGCGCUUCUCGCGCCUCUGGACCCAGUGCCAGCGCUGCCAGGGCAGCCUGCACGAGGACGUCAUCUGCACCAGCCGCGACUGCCCCAUCUUCUACAUGCGCAAGAAGGUGCGCAAGGACCUGGAGGACCAGGAGAAGCUGCUGCGCCGCUUCGGGCCCCCUGGCCCCGAGGCCUGGUGACCCCAGCCCCCCCAGAGCAGCUUCCCCGAGGGCAGGCAGGGGUGGCGAUGAAUAAAGUUCAGACCUUUUGCUAC